UCAUUUGUCUCCACAUAAUUUCACACCAAUCUAUCAAUCCAUCUCAUCUAUCUUUUCCUCUUCCCCCCCCAACCCAACUCAAACUUUUCAACUGUGCAACAAUGACACCUGAAUUCUUGCUCUUUCUAACAUUCCCUUUUGUCAUCUUUCUAAGCUUUUCUGAAUCUGUUGUGCCACCCCAAGAAGUGCAAGCUGUUGGAAGGAUUCUUGCUGCUAUGAAUGCAACUAGUUGGAGGUUUAAUGGUGACACUUGCAUUCUUGAUACUAUUACUGAAGUAACAAGGAUAUCCCAGGAAGCUAAUGCUAGUAUCGGAUGCGACUGCAACAUUGGAAAUGAUACAGAUUGUCAUGUCGUAAGGAUCACACACAAGUUUUAUAGUCUUGACGGGGUACUCUCACCCGAAAUAGCAAAGCUUCCUUAUCUCCAGUCCAUUGAUUUUGCUUAUAAUUAUCUAAGAGGUUCAAUACCGCCUGAAUGGGGUUCAACACAGUUACAUGACAUCUCUCUUCUUGGAAACCGAAUUACUGGAGAAAUUCCAGGAGAACUCGGCAAUAUCACCACUCUCACAAAACUGGAUCUUGAAGCAAACCAGCUUUCAGGAACUGUUCCCCCUGAAUUUGGAAGAUUAAUAAACUUGAACUCUUUGAUGCUGUCUUCAAACCGGUUGACAGGGAGGCUGCCAACGACCCUUGGUCAACUAGGAAAUCUAACAAAUUUUAGGAUAAACGAAAAUAACUUCAGCGGGUCGAUACCUGAUUUUAUACAGAAUUGGAGGCAACUUACUAGAUUAGAGAUCGUGGCUAGUGGACUCACGGGACCUAUUCCUUCCAACAUAUCGCUUCUUGAGAACCUACUCGAUCUGAGAAUCAGUGACAUAACUGGACCGACUCAAGGGUUUCCUCAGCUCGCUAAAGCCAGUGGAUUGAUAAGAUUGAUACUGAGAAAUUGCAACCUUUCUGGAGAAAUACCAGAUUAUAUUUGGCAAGUGAGACAACUUGAAAUGUUGGAUGCAAGUUUUAAUAGGCUAGUAGGCACAAUAACUGAAGAUAUCCUGGGGAGGAGCUUGCGAUUACUGUUUUUAACUGGUAACAUGCUAAGUGGUGAGAUACCGAGUACACUUUUGAUAAACGGAGCUAGUAUUGAUCUUUCCUACAACAAUUUUACAUGGCAAGGACCUAAUCAACCUACAUGCCGAGAGAACACGAAUACAUAUGUAAACUUGUUCAGAAGCUCUUCAACAGGAAACCCAAUACAGGAUGUGCUUCCGUGUACCAACAAUGUCAAGUGUCCUAGAUAUGCGUGUUCUAUGCAUGUUAACUGUGGUGGGGAUGAUAUGAUGAUUAGAGAAAGUAACGGGCAGUCGGUGCUUUAUGAAGGAGAUGCAAAUGUGGAUGGUGGUGCUGCCAGAUUGUAUGAAGCAGCCAAAAAAAAUUGGGGAAUUAGUAGCACUGGAGACUUCAUGGAUGACAACAUAUUUUCAAACACCCGAUAUGUAGAAUCUUUACUGGGAAGUACGAGCUUACCACCGCUGUAUGCAACUGCUCGGCUCUCACCACUUACACUCACUUACUUUGGAUAUUGCUUAGAAAAUGGUGAAUAUGCUGUUAAUCUGCACUUUGCAGAGAUUCAAUUCACUAAUGAUAGCACAUAUCGUAGCCUUGGACGGCGGGUCUUUGAUAUUUAUAUUCAGGGAAGACUGGUUAGAAGAGAUUUUAAUAUUGAAAACGAGGCUGGUGGGGUUGGAAGGCCGGUGGUCGUACUAUUUAAUGCUAGUGUGACUGAUAACAUCUUGGAGAUACGCUUUUAUUGGGCGGGUAAAGGGACGACCCGUUUUCCUAGAAGAGGAGUUUAUGGACCUCUUGUUUCAGCAAUUGAUGUUGACCCAUAUUUUAAGACUUGUUCAGUCGACGGAAAAAAGAAGAACAAAGGAGUUUAUAUAGGUGUUGGGAUUGGUGUUCCGCUUCUUUUGUUGAUCUUGGUCUUUUUGUGGUGGAAAAAAUGUUCAAAACGCAGUAAAACAAAGGACAAAGAUUUUGAAGGAAUGGAGCUGAACACACUUUCGUUUUCUUUAAAACAACUAAAGACUGCGACCAACAAUUUCAAUGCUUCGAACAAAAUAGGAGAAGGAGGUUUUGGGCCUGUUUACAAGGGUACAUUGGCCGAUGGCACAGUUGUAGCUGUGAAGCAGCUUUCUUCUCACUCGAAGCAGGGAAACCGUGAGUUCUUGAAUGAGAUUGGUGUGAUUUCUUGUUUACAACACCCAAAUCUUGUUAAACUUCAUGGAUGCUGCAUUGAAGGAGACCAGUUGUUGCUCGUCUAUGAGUAUUUGGAAAAUAAUAGCCUUGCAAAUGCUUUGUUUGAUUUGGGUAAAACUCGAUUAAUGCUGGAUUGGCCGACAAGGUUCAAGAUAUCUAUUGGGAUUGCUCGAGGUUUAGCUUUUUUACAUGAAGAAUCAAGGAUCAAGAUCGUUCACAGGGACAUCAAAGCCACAAAUGUGCUGCUUGAUAAAAAUCUCAACCCAAAAAUAUCAGAUUUUGGGUUGGCAAGGCUAAAUGAGGAUGAAUUGACUCACGUUAGCACCCGAGUUGCUGGAACAAUUGGAUACAUGGCACCUGAGUAUGCACUUUGGGGCUACUUGAGUGACAAGGCAGAUGUUUACAGCUAUGGAGUCGUGUUGCUAGAAAUUGUUAGUGGCAAGAACAACACCAGUUACAUUCCAACUAACGACUGCAUUUGUCUUCUAGACUGGGCUUGUCGACUGGAAACAAGUAAACAAUACCAAGAGCUUUUUGAUGAAAAACUGGAGUCUACAAUCAACAAAGAAGAAGCAGAAAUCGUGGUGAAAGUAGCCCUUUUGUGCACGAAUGGCUCACCGUCAAUGAGACCAACAAUGUCAGAAGUUGUAAAUAUGCUUGAAGGAAAAACGUAUGUGCCAGAAAUAAUACCGGAAGCAAGUGGUUACACCGAAGAUUUGAGAUUUAAAGCAAUGAGGGACUUUCGAGGUCAGAUGAAAAGUCAAACAGGCAGUCAUACGCAGACACAAAACAAAAUGCGUACAGAUACGAAUUAUUCAUUAACAUCGUCGGAUGAUGCGUUUGAGAUCCAGUCUGUCGAUACAAGAUCGUACUGACCUGUAAAAUGUUGUAAUCUGCUCAAUACUGGUAUUCUUUUGUGCUUUUGUGUAUUUUUAAUCUUUUCUGCUUAUAAUAUACCAUGUACAACAGUUAAGGAAAUUUUGUAUAUUAAAUGUAAGUAUAGAGAUGAAUAUAGACAAAGCCGACAAGUAAUUAUAUUUUGAAGAGUAAAUUACAAUAAUCAUCCCCGUGGUUUGUUCAAAA